UCUGGCUCAGUUCUGGCUUGACCAGUUGGAGACCAAAAUGUUUCUGAAUGCGCUACACAGCAGCCUCACGCUCCUCCAACUGCUGACAGUUCUGCUCAUGGCUUCUGCAGACAGGCGAGCUGCAGACCUCCCCAAGGCUGUGGUGAAACUGGAGCCCCCGUGGAUUCACGUGCUCCAGGGGGACACCGUGACUCUGCAAUGCCAGGGGGCCCAUGCCCCUGGGGACACCUCCACCCAGUGGUUCUACAAUGGCAGCUCCAUCCCGAGCCAGGACCAGCCCCACUACAGGUUUAAGGCCCAGAGCAACGACAGCGGGGAGUUCAGGUGCCAGAUGGGCCAGACCAGCCUCAGCGACCCGGUGCAUUUGGAAGUGUUUUCCGGUGAGUGGAGGAAGGGACUGAGGGUCUGGGAGGACCAGGGGAGAUCUACUGACCGUGCAGGGGGUGCGGGAGGGGGUGGCGGUUUACUGGGCGGUCCUGCUAAACCAUCAAUGGUACUUCUGACUUCUCCCAUGAAAAUGUGA